GUUGGAGAAGGUGCUCUGAGCAGGGUCUGGGCUGUGUUGGUUGGGGAGAGGUCUGGCUCUCCUUCAAAGCCCAUGCGGGAAGAACAACCCCAUGACUGGUUGGGGGCUGGUGACUCAGCUUAGGGGUCACCCACAUGGCUUGACCUAUGACCUUUCAUCUCAGUGGCCUGUGCAUGUGCCCCCAAUGCCGAGAAGAUUGGCAUUGGCAACUCCACAGGAACUGCUCAGCUGUGUGGGUGCUGGGGGCCUGGCUGAUGCUCAGGCGUGGCUCUGGGGCCCAGCCGUGGCAGAGAUGCGCUUGGUGUGUCUCCACGCCACAGACAGACCUGGGUUCCACCGGUCUCUGCCUCUUGACCUCGGUUUCUCCUUUGGGGCUCAUGCUCUCAUGGGAAGGCCAGGUGUAGUAAGGGUUAAUGAGCUCACGCCCCUGCAGGCUCAGUGCGCAGUAGGCACGGGGCACACGGUGAGGUGAGCGCUGUGCCAGCUCCGUGUCGGAUCCGGGCUUCCCGCCUGCUGUGUACCAGGCUCAGAUCUGCCAAAAGCGCAGGGGGCGCUGCCUUGGGCCUGCUCAGCCGCCCCGGGGAGCCGGCUGCGGGCCAAUCUGCCCAGGCUGUCUCUCAGUGCGAGAUGGGUCUCACGUCUCUGUGUGCGGCUCCCGAGUCUCUGUCCUCAUGUCUGAGUCUGCGUGUCCUCGUGCGUGUCUGUCCCUGUGUCUGAGUCUCCGUGGACCUGUGGCUGCCUCUGUCCCCGAGUCCCUGUCCGGGUCUGCGGUUCUGAGCCUCGCUGCCCGUCUCCGUACGUGUGCCUUGGUCCCGUGUCUGUCCCCAUCCAGUGUGGGGCCCUGGGCGAGGUGACACACCCUCCCUGCGGGCCCCCUCCUCCAGCCAGCAGAGCCCCUCCCCCUCCGGAGCCGCAGCCUCCUCCCCUCCCCCAGCUCUGGCUGCCGCUCACUUGGCUGCUGCGUCUGGUCUGGUCUGGCGUCUGCAGAGGAGAAGGAGCCACCGCCUGCCGCCGCGCCCACACCAUCCAGACCCUUGCAGGUCCUGGGCUGAGGCCAGUGGCCCCUGCCACACCCGCUCUGCCCCUGCCCUGCCGCCGGCUGCAGUGGGCCGGGUGCCGUGGCCCCAGCCCGCAAGGAGGUUGCGGAGGUGCCGUGCCCGGCGCUUUGCAGGACAGCGGCAUGGAGUCCCUCUUCCCCGCCCCGUUCUGGGAGGUCCUCUACGGUGGCCACCUUCAGGACAACCUGUCCCUGCUGAACCCCAACCACAGCCUGCUGCCGCCCCAUCUGCUGCUCAACGCCAGCCACGGCGCCUUCCUGCCGCUCGGGCUCAAGGUCACCAUCGUGGGGCUGUACCUGGCCGUGUGUGUUGGGGGGCUGCUGGGGAACUGCCUCGUCAUGUAUGUCAUCCUCAGGCACACCAAGAUGAAGACAGCCACCAACAUCUACAUCUUUAACCUGGCCCUGGCAGACACCCUGGUCUUGCUGACGCUGCCUUUCCAGGGCACAGACAUCCUCCUGGGCUUCUGGCCAUUUGGGAAUGCCCUGUGCAAGACGGUCAUUGCCAUCGACUACUACAACAUGUUCACCAGCACCUUCACGCUGACCGCCAUGAGCGUGGACCGCUACGUAGCCAUCUGCCACCCCAUCCGCGCCCUUGAUGUCCGGACGUCCAGCAAAGCCCAGGCCGUGAACGUGGCCAUCUGGGCCCUGGCCUCCGUGGUCGGCGUCCCCGUUGCCAUCAUGGGCUCGGCACAGGUGGAGGACGAAGAGAUCGAGUGCCUGGUGGAGAUCCCCACCCCGCAGGACUACUGGGGGCCCGUGUUCGCCGUCUGCAUCUUCCUCUUCUCCUUCAUCAUCCCCGUGCUCAUCAUCUCCGUCUGCUACAGCCUCAUGAUCCGGCGGCUGCGUGGCGUGCGGCUGCUCUCGGGCUCCCGUGAGAAGGACCGGAACCUGCGGCGCAUCACGCGGCUGGUGCUGGUGGUGGUGGCCGUGUUUGUGGGCUGCUGGACGCCCGUGCAGGUCUUCGUGCUGGUCCAGGGGCUGGGCGUUCAGCCGGGCAGCGAGACCGCCGUGGCCAUUCUGCGUUUCUGCACCGCCCUGGGCUACGUCAACAGCUGCCUCAACCCCGUCCUCUACGCCUUCCUGGACGAGAACUUCAAGGCCUGCUUCCGAAAGUUCUGCUGCGCGUCUGCCCUGCGCCGGGAAACGCAGGUGUCUGACCGCGUGCGCAGCGUUGCCAAGGAUGUGGCCCUGGCCUGCAAGACCUCCGAGACUGUACCGCGGCCGGCAUGACUAGGCGUGGACCUGCCCAUGGCGCCUGUCAGCCCACAGAGCCCGUCGACGCCCAACACGGAGCUCACGCAGGUCACUGCCCUCUAGGCUGACGCAGCCUGAGCCCUCAGACCGGAGCCUUGAGUGGGCUUUCUUCCCCUUUGGCCCAGGGACACUCGGUCCCGUGACAUCACGGGACAGGCCACAGCAUGAGGGCUGCCUCCGCGGCCCCGGUCAGAUUAAAGCUCCCCCCACCCCCACCCCCC